CAUGUGAUAAUCACAGCACUGUGGUAAAGUAUUGAGCAUGUAUGUGACUGCGCUCAGACUGCUGUAUUAAUCUAGUUAAAUUCAUUUAUUCGAUGACUACAGUCUUAAAAAAAACAAAUACAGCCACGAGAGAGGUGGGUUUCGUUACUUGCUGAAACGGGGAGUUACUGAUGAUUUGGCAACCUCUGUUAAGUUUCGUUUUCCUGUGUAAAGCUGAGUAGUGAUGUGUGAGAGGUGCGCGUGCGGCUGCGCGCGGGUGUAUUUAUAACUCUCAGAGAGCAGCGUAGAGCUCUGGUGUGGUGAACGGAGGUCGCUGGAUAAAUUCAGGGAGCGAUGUCGAUGCUGGAGGCGGCUGUUAUUAAAGCGGUGUGUGAGGGCGGCGGGGCGGUGGAGUAUGAGCGCCUGCUGCUGGAGCUCAGCGCGGCCGGAGUGGAGGGAGCAGGCCCGGGGGAGGACCUGGAUCUGGACGCUGUGGUCCGGAGCAGCGGCUGCCUCACUGCUGUCCAGCGAAACAACUGCAGACAGGUGUUAAUAAGAACCAGCCUUAAAAUCUGCAGAAAGAGGGAGUGCGACAGAACCUGCAGAGAUCUACACCUGUGCAGAUUUGACCUGCUGGGCCACUGUGGCAGGCGAAGAUGCAGCUACGGACACAGCCUGGACACAGAGCACAACUCUAGAGUCUUGCGAGAACGCAAUCUGCACGAGCUCAACAAAGACCAGCUGCGCAUUCUCCUGCUACAGAGUGACACCUUUCUGCUUCCUAAUGUGUGUGUUUCAUAUAACAAAGGCAGCGGGGAGUACGGGAACUGUCCUGAUAAGGAGGCCUGUUUAAGACUUCACAUCUGUGAGAACUACAUCAGGGGAACCUGCGAUGGCAUCGGCUGCAGCAAGAGCUGCCAUGACUUCUACGAGCCUCACCCAAUGAAGUCCCUUGAAGCCAAAGGAGUUCCCAGUCAGCUGAUAGGAUCACUAUUGGUCAUCUAUGGGAACCUUCUGGCUCUGAAGGAUUUCAGUAAUGCCAGGGCUGAAACUGGUGCCAGGAGACGAGUGGACACCAAGUUCAACAACAGGGACAGGGUGCCUGAGUCAUUACAGAAGAACACGGAAAAUGUGAUUUGCCUCUCUUUUGUAAAAGGAUUCUGCAAAUUCGGAGAAAAAUGUUGGCGAAUCCACUUUGAUAUGCCCUACAAAUGGGAAGUGGAAGUGGACCAAGUGUGGACGGCUUUACCAGACAACGAGGCGAUCGAGCGAGACUACUGCGACCCUGCAAAGAUGCACAGUGUGGGGAUAGAGCCUGUGUGCUUCGACACUAUGGUCCUGGGUCUUCACAAGGUGCGGCGUCUCUCUACAGACUCUUCAGUGCUUGAACCUACUUUUAUCCUCACUACAAAGUGGCAAUGGUACUGGGAGAAUGAGUACCAUAAAUGGAUCCAGUAUGCAUCAAUCAAGGAGAUGCACAGGAUGUCCUCCAUCACCAGUGAUGAGCUGGAGCAAAAGUAUCUUGAAUUCUUAAAGGACAGUAACAAUGCUGUGAUCACAUUUACUGCUGGCAGGCAUUCUUAUGAGCUCAAUUUUAAAGAAAUGAAGCAGAAAAACGAAAUAAGUGACACAGAGAGGAUGGUCAGAAGGAGGCCACAGUUUUUUUCUUCCAUUGAUGUCAAGAGAGCAAAAACAAGGAGAGGUGUGCGGCCCAGCUCUCAUAAAGGUGUCCCUGGCUUUUGGGACCAAACUGCCAUUCCAGACUCUGGAUAUCAGCGAGUCCUCCUCUGUUCCUCUGACAAGGAUUAUGUCAGAGUACAGGACCAUUUCCAAAAGACCUUAACAAACUUCAACAUCCUGAAACUCGAAAGGAUCCAGAACAAGGAACUGUGGGAAGAUUUUCAGACGAAAAGAGAGCGAAUGAAAAAGGCAAACAAGGACAAGAAAUACGCUGAGGGGGAGCGAUUUCUAUUCCAUGGCACCAGAUCAACACUCAUUGAUCCUAUAUGCCUCCAGAACUUCGACAUGAGAGUAUCCGGAGCCAAUGGCACAGUGUACGGGCAAGGAAGUUACUUUGCAAGGGAUGCAAAGUACUCCCAUGAUUACACCGACGGUUACGGCGAGAAAUACAUGUUUGUGUGCAGAGUACUGGUUGGACACUACACCAAAGGAGCAUCCCAUUAUCGCAGGCCCCCGCCAAAGGAUUCCUUGGGCACACUUUUCGACAGCUGUGUGAAUGAUGUGCGAGAGCCCACCAUUUACGUGGUGUUCGAUAGAACUCAAGUCUAUCCAGAGUUCUUGAUUACAUACAAGGAGAGGUCUGUUUUCCAGCCUAGUGUAUGCACUCUAGCUCAGAGUUCAGCUCAGUCUGCGAAUUUCACAGAUACCAAUCCGCCCUUUACACCCACAGCUCUUGCAGUAGUCAGACAAGUGCCUUCUGCCUCUGUGUCGCGAGACCUGACAGCAGCUGCUGAAGCUUCAGUGAAGUCAGAUGAUAAUAAGGUGCUCUCACCUAAGACCAGUGUAUAUGUUAACACUAAUCAGACUCAACCUGCUACAAUCCAAACAGCACCUGCGUCAUCUUGCAACUCUACACUUGCAGCUCUUGCAGUAGUCAGACAAGUGCCUUCUGCCUCUUUGUCACAAGACCUGACAGCAGCAACUGAAGCUUCAGUGAAGUCAGAUGUUCAUAAGGUGCUCUCACCUACGAUCAGCUUAGUCAGACAAGCGCCGUCUGCCUCUGUGUCGCGAGACCUGCCAGCAGCUACAAUAAAAUCAGAUGAUCAUAAGUUGCUCUCACCACAGACCAGCUUAUCUGCUAACACUAAUCAGUCUGAAAGCACCAAAAUCCAUAAAGAGUCAGUCUCAUCUUGCAACUCUGAUGCACUGCUGGAUUCAUGGAUUUCAGUAAAUCCAAGCAGCCUAAACUCAGAGUUUAGUCAUUUAGAGGCUGAUUUUGUGGAUCCACUUACUCCAACUAAAACCACCGCUGUUGUUUUUGAUCAUUCUCUUGCCGCCAGUCCCUCAGUAAAGUCCAGUAGCGCCAAAUACAGCUCAUCCAGUAACACUGUUCACUCCUACAGUACAAAAACCCCAAAAGCAACUCUGCCGUCUAACACCUUUGACACCACUAAAGCAAAACCUGAGGGUUCGCUCCAAGAUUGGAAAAAAUCUGUAAAUCAUAGAAGCUCAUCAGAGUUAGCUUUUUUAAAGGAAGAUAUUUUCACAGAAUUUGGAGUACAUGCGUUUUCAACCAAUACCAAACCUGCUGUUGCUAAUUACCCUGCUGCUUCCUCUUCCUCAGCAAAGGAGAGUAGUGUUCCAAUAUCAUACAAAGCUAGUUCCCCUUCAGCUUACAGACAACCUUACUCUCACAGCUCCCUCUCACGUUCCACGCCAGAAAUAUCCGGUCCCCGGUCUCCACCCCCAAAACCUGAGAAAAAGUGUAUUCUGCAAUAAUUUACAUGAACUGAAAAUGUGAUCAUUGCCUAAUUUUGGCAUGCAAUAAAUUAUUCAGGUGAUGCUGCUUGAUUAUGGAUUUGGAUUAUUUUGUUUUUUUGUUUUUGAUUUCUUUAAAUCAAAUGAUCAUGCCGUUAACAUGAUUUAAGGACUAAGAACCCUGUCUUACACCCUGCACAUGGCACAUUGUGAUGCUCAUCCCUGCAAAAAGUCUAUUUUCACACCUUGUUGCUAUUCUUGGCAGUGAAAAAAAAACAAGUGCGCCACUAACUGAUAAGAACCCUGACAACAGUCACCAGUCAGCCCUUUAUUGCUAUCUUAGAUUGGCAGUUGCCUGUGCAUACACCCCCGCUUGUUACGCACACAAAGACACACCCCAGUGUGCAAACUCAACUUUUACAUCAACAAUAAACAUAAUACAGAAUAAAAUAACAUGGCUGUUCCUGUAAAUGACCUGCUCACACCUUUACAGUGUGAACAAACAGCUCAGUUUCCUCUGCUGAGAAGAGAAGAAGCUCUGUACCAUUAAAAUACAGACCUUCCAAAUUAAGUGUGCACCUGACUCUUAAAGGGCAUGGUGACAUGCUGAUUGGUUUAUUUCGCAUUAUGGCAAAACACACUCAUGAUUAAUUAACAGAAUUAGAGCAUGACUUGUGCAAGGCAUAUUUUUUGCAUCCUCAUGUGCGGUUGGCGACACGCCUAUAGAUCGCUAAAAUAGGGCUUUUAAGGAUGACAGGUUUAAAGGUAAAAGAUUUAAGGCCAGUAAUCAGGACAUUUUGUACAUGUAUAUUAUUGUUAUUAUAUCACAGGGAGAUCUGACCUAGUGAUGUGUUUGGCUAAAGGAUAAAUUGCGAUAUCCUUUCCUUACUAGUAAAAACUGGCAACGUGUAUAAUUACAGUGAGUAAUCUGUGUGACUCUUCAUCUCUCUCUAAAAGCAACAUUAAUUGCUUACAGAUUACAUUUUUUCUUAAGUUCCUAAGUGUAAUCAUAAUUACAACCACACAGCAUUCCGAAAUGAAGUUUGUGCUAUGACUUGAAAAAGCGGCACCAGUUGGCUGAUGUACACUGGGACAGUGGGCUUUUAUUUUUGUAGCUCAUGUUAUAACCCUCCCUCUUGUGAAUUUUUGCAUAAAUCUAAUGACCUUUGUUCUCCAUCUACACAUGGGCACAAACAGAACUGGAUAUUGAAGGUCACCACAAGAAGCGGAGGCAGUGUUGUGGAAAAACAAGAGGUCUUUAUCAGUUGAUAAGUUGAGCUCUGUUGUUUUCUUACUCUUUGAUUGUUCUGUUUAUUAGGCAAAGGGCACUCUCUGUGUAGUUCAUCUGUGGGAAACAUAAGCAGAAAGCCUACAAACACUGUAGGCUUCACUACAGGUUUCAACACAAAAAGUAAAAAGUAAACUUCUGCCCAAUGCAAGUAUAUUAGUAUUGUAUGACAUGAAUUUAAUGUGUUAUUACAUAAUAUUAUUGGUAUAGUAGUAGUAGUAGUAGUAGUAUUACAUAUUAUUACAUUGCUUGUACAUAAACAUAUUUUCAGUGACAGACAGUAGGGAUGAUUUAUAUUUGAAGUUGUAAUGAUUAAUACAUUAAUGAUUAAUCUCUUUACUUUAAUUGUUGUGACAGCAUUGUUGUAGAAGGGCAGUGUGUUUUAGACAGUGUUAAAGCUAAUAAGAAAAACUCUGAACUAAUAUUGUACCAAAUGAAGAUAUUACUCUGAAACAUGAUUGCUGGGUUGAUUAAAAUUUCAUUUAAAAUUAUAUACAGUGGUGUAAAAAACUUUUUUUUUGCACUCUUAUGUUUUCUGACUCUUAAAUGUUUCAGAUUAUCAAACAAAUGUAAAUACACAAGUAAACACAAAAGGGAGAAAAGAAAUCCAAACCUACAUGGUCCUGUGUGAAUAAUAAUUGUUAGAAAUGGUUUGUUCAAAUGAUAGAUCUCAAUUACUUUCUUAUUUGUUCCUGAACUUCUUUGGAUUUGAAUGAUGUUUAGGUUUUGAGUAUCUCUUGGUCUACUUUCAAGUCAUUUCUUGAUUGAGAACAGUGUGUAUUUUUUGUUCAUUCCAAGAUCGCUUUUCUUUCUGUAAAACGACAAACAACCUUUUAUCAAAUUCUAAUAAAAUCUCUUCUUACAAACAAA